GCCAGCACUCACCGUUUCCCCGUUGAAGAUCCGCUAAACGCCAGCAGCGAUCCGGGAGAACGCCAACGCCAUAUACAUAUAUACAAGACUGAAGUAGCACGAUUGGCGGGAAUCGCUGGGGCACGCGUCAUGGCGGACGGCGUACGGUCGCCGCCAUUGGUCGGCGGGACACGUGACGCACGACUCGACGUAAUGUCGGAUAACAUAACCUGCCUGCGCCCUGGCUCUGGCUGUGUAUGUGAUAGUGUGAUCGCCCGAGAGAGAAACCAAACCAUCGCUCGCCAUCUCCGAUAUUUCAUGACAAUCCAAUGAUCGUAAUUAUUAUCCAAGAAAAAUGUUACACAUCAGAGGAGUGGGAGCACGAAUGGCCAGCACAUCAGCAGCCACGAGCACGUCUGGGAAAAUAUUGGAUUCGAUAAUAAGGGUCGACCAUGCUGGCGAAUUGGGAGCGGAUAGAAUAUACGCCGGACAAAUGGCCGUAUUAGGCAAGACGACAGUCGGACCGACGAUACAACACAUGUGGGAUCAAGAGAAACGACACCGCGCCAAGUUUGAGGAACUAAUUCGCAAAUAUCGAGUUAGACCCACCGCUCUUACUCCGCUGUGGAAUAUCGCUGGCUUCGCCCUAGGUGCCGGUACUGCACUCAUGGGCGAGAGAGCCGCCAUGGCGUGCACCGUGGCGGUGGAGACCGUGAUCGUCGAGCACUACAACGAUCAGCUACGCACGUUGAUGGAGAACAAGGACGGGAACGUAGACGAGGAGAUACUCGAGACCAUCAAAAAGUUUCGCGAUGAGGAACAGGAGCAUCACGACACGGGUAUAGAUCACGGUGCCGAACAAGCGCCUUUCUACCAAGCUCUGACGAAUAUGAUCAAGUGUGGCUGUAAAACGGCCAUAUCCAUUUCCAAGGUGAUAUGAACGCGUUUCCCGUUAAAGAAUACCGUUGUAUGUGUAGAUAUUGUAAUUUAUAAUUAAGGUAAGGAUGUAAUAAAUUAUCGGCUCGAAUUUUUUGUAGCAGAUGUGACAAGU